AUGUCAUUAACUGUAUACACUGGUCCAACAGGCAAUGGUCGUAAACCAACCAUUCUUCUCAAUUUCUUGAACAUCCAACAUACCCUUCAUUUAUUCCCAUGGCCAACACCAGAAAUUAAAAAAGAUUGGUAUUUGAAAAUUAACCCCAGUGGACUUGUUCCUCUGAUUGUUGAUGGUGAUAUUACCAUGCAUGAAUCAAAUGCCAUCUUGCUUUAUCUUGCUGAUAAGUAUGACACCGAUGGAAAUGUGAGUUAUAUUAAAACAAUUGAUCCUACUGCUUAUUGGAAACAAGUGCAAUGGUUAUUUUUCCAAAGUACUCAAUUCACUAAUGCUACCAAGAUGUUAUUACUGAACAAACAUACCAAGACAACUGAUGAACAUACCUUGGCUAGAACUUAUAGCGCAUUAGAAAAAGUUUAUCUGGUUUUAGAAGAUCAAUUAUCUAAAAAUAAAUUUAUUAACGGAGAAAAAUUUACUAUUGUUGAUAUUGCUUUUAUUUGUGGUCAUUUCCGUAUGCUUGAACGUGUCCGUGGAACUGAAUAUGAAAUAAAGAAUUUUGCUGAAAAAUAUCCAGAUUUCAAUCAAUGGUAUACUACUAGUAUUGCGAUUAAGGAGGUCAAAAAAGGAUUAGAAAAGGUCGCUGCCGCCACUUAA